AUGUCGCUUGCCAUGGAUAAAGCCUUAAUGGCGUUAUCUCUUGAUGAGGAGGACGUUCCAUUUACGAUGCCAGAUCUUCCUGAGUUUAGCUCAGCAGAAGAAAACAAACUCAGCUUGAUGGGAAGACUUCUGAACCCGGACCGCCAAAAGAUGUCUACUCUCAUUAUGAAGAUGCCGAGGAAAUGGCAGAAGGAGGGAAGGGUUAGAGGUAUAGCGCUAUCUCAAGAACGGUUCCAGUUCAUAUUCAAAUAUGAACACGACCUCUUAGACAUUUUGGAGAGAGGUGUUCAAACGUUCGAUGAUUGGGUCAUAGUGCUGGAGAGAUGGGUAGAAAACCCGCCUGAGGAUUUUCUUCAGUAUAUCCCGCUUUGGGUUCAGAUGCGAGAUAUCCCAGUAAACUUCUACACCUCAGAGGCGCUCACUGCGCUAGGUGAUCUGGUGGGGAAGACUGUGUUGGUGGCUUUUGACCCCUCUAGGCCUAUUACACAGGAUUACAUUAGGGUUUUGGUGAAGUUCAACGUUGCUAAUCCGCUACGUACAUCGAAGGUGGUGACGUCGAAAGGAAAAUCUUCGGUGGUGCGUUUUAGCUAUGAGAAAGUUCAGAAGCGAUGUUUCGAAUGUCAGAGACUCAAUCACGAAAAGGAUCUCUGCCCUUUAAUUGUGAGGAAAAGACAGGAAGAGUCUAAAGUCAGAAGGGAGAGGAUUUCUGCAGAACUAGAGAAAAAGAAAAGAGUUAUAGAUGAGGAUGACAUUUUGUUUGGUGUUCUGGAGGAGGAACAAGUAAACAUGAACUCUGCUACGGGAAGGUGUAAGAUAGCUAAGGAAGUAUUGGAGGAAAUGAGAAGAUAUCUCUUGGCGGACACAGGGGAAAAUCGUGAGGUUAAGAUAGACAAGAUUCAACGGUCGGUCAAGCUUGCAGAGAAGGAUCCUCUGUCGCAGAGGCUUGCAUUGAGAUUGGAGUCAGCUCCUUUGUUUACUUCUGAGCUAAACAAAGGCAAAGGAAUUGUGUUUGAUUACUUGGAGAAUAAGAAGGAUGCUGAAGAGCUUAGUGUUCAGAGUAAUCCCCACAAACUUAUGGCGGCUUCGUUUCAAGCUCACUCGAGGCUCUCUCUGCGUUCUGCUCCGCAGGCUCUGAGACUUGAGAAUGGAGAGGAUAACAUUGCGUCAGAAGGUUCCUUUUGUUCUAACUUUCCAACGGUGUUCAAGGCAGUAAAAGUUUCUAACUUUGCUCCUUGUUCUUCCGGGAUCGUGAAAAACAAAGCAGCAGUGAGGAGAAGACCGCCUAAAUCAACAAGGCAGAGAAGGAUCAAGGUCCUUACUGAUCAAGUAAAAGCACCGCCUGAAAACCAAAGAGAGGGCAAACAGUUGAUGGGUAGUAAGAAGAGGAAGUGUUCAGUGGAGGAAGAGGAGAUCAAAGCAACCAACAAGGCGGUAUGCCUUAAGGCGAUCCCAAAUGAGGGAUUGCCCCAUUCCCAAUGA